GACGUCGUGAUGACGUCUUGUGCCCAGGAUCGCAAAAACAAUCAUGGCGGACUCUGAUGCAGUUGCCCCUGUCUAUUUCGCUAUAAGAAAUAUUCCUGCUGCCUUUCGCUCCGCGGACCUGAGAAAUUAUUUCAGUCAGUACAUUGAAAGCGGAGGUUUUCAGUGUUUUCACUACAGACAUCGACCAGAGGUCCUCAGGGAGUCCGAUGUGACCGGAAAUGCUGAGCGUGGAGACGAAGAAGAAGAAGAAGGAGAAGAAGAGGGCAGCUCCAAACCUCCGGAGACUGACCAAGAAACUGAACACAUCUCUGAGAAGAAGCAGGCGGUGAAGUCUUGCUGUUGUAUCGUCUCAGUUCAUGUCAAAGAAGCGGACAGAUUGGUCAAGAUGUACGCGGGAAAUCACUGGAUUGACUCAAAGGGGAACUGGCUGGCUAAACGAUGUGUUGUGAGAAGAGUGAAGGUGUCACAGGACAAAGAUGAUGGGUUAUUUCCCUAUAAAACAAAGCACGAGCAGCGGCACUGGGUGUCCUUAACAGAGUGUUUCACAGAGGCGAACCUCAAAAGCUUAUCAGAGCUAAACCCACCUGCUCUGAUGCAAAAUGGGAACGUGGGCACACCGGUCAAAGUGUUCCUACAGCUCAUCCAGUCCUGCCGACUGCCACCGCGGCUCAUCCGGAAGUUAGGGCUUACUUUCCCCAAGACGAGCUCGAACCGCCGUUAUGGAAAUGUACCUUUCAAGUAUCGGGACUCUUGGACACUUGAAGCCACGGAGGAAACCGUAUUAACAGCUACUGGACAUGAAAUAUCUGGGCCAGGCAGUUUGGCCGCUCCACCCUCAGGACGAAGGAAGGGACCCCUUCACACAGAGACAACAGAGAUGGAUGAACAGCAGAAAGAUGACCAGGAGGAUGAGGAUGAACAGUCAAAUGCAGAUGAUGACGAUGACUGGUGUGAAGAGUGGGAGCGCCAUGAGGCUCUGCAUGAGGAUGUAACGAGCCAGGAGCGAAGCAAAGAGAGGCUGUUCGAAGAGGAGAUCGAGUUGAAGUGGGAGAAAGGCGGCUCGGGCCUGGUGUUCUACACUGACGCCCAAUACUGGCAGGAAGAAGAAGGAGAUUUUGAUGAACAAACGGCAGACGACUGGGAUGUGGACAUGAGUGUUUACUAUGAUAAAGAUGGAGGCGACAUGGAUGCCCGUGACUAUGUCCGAAUGCGUUAUGAAAAUAGGCUGAGGGAGGGUCUUGGAGAUCGAUCUGGACACAGUCAGUCUAUUGGCAACUUUGAGAGGUUCACAAAAGGCUUUGGCCGUCGCUUGAUGGAAAAACAGGGCUGGAAGGAUGGUGAGGGGCUGGGAAACAGUCAGAUUGGGAUUCCUGAAGCCCUUGACAAUGAGGGCCAACAUCCUCGUUGUAAAAGAGGCUUUGGAUAUCAUGGAGAGAAAUUGGGCUUGCAUCCUGUAAAAAAGCCCAAAACGGAAUUCCACAUAUCUACAGUGUAUGACAAACCCAAAGACAUAGAUCAAGGGGACACCUUGCUGAGACGUCAACCCAACACAAAUAUGAAAUACAGAGGCUCAGCCAGGUGGCAGCAUUGGACCGAGAACAUUACAAAAAAAUAAAUUAUAACCAUUUUAUAGGAUUUGUAUUCAAUUAUUUGUCUGUCUGUAUAAUAAAUGUUUUCAAACCUUUA